AUGGCGGGUGGCAGCCAUCCUUUCGUCUUGUUCAUCUUAGGUCUUCUUUUGGUGCACUGCGCCGCCAGAGGAAAUGACGGCGGUGCGUCACCAACACUGCAUCGCCACCUCACAGAGCAGGAGAAGUCGAACAAGGUGAAGCGCGAGGGUCUUCCGUCCAAUUACUCCACGCCAGACUACUAUCCUACCCCUCAUGGCGGCUGGGUGUCUAGUUGGACUGAAGCCUAUGCUAAGGCGCAACUGGUUGUCAGUAACAUGACGCUGGCUGAGAAGGUGAACAUCACCUCCGGCACAGGCUAUUUCAUGGGACCUUGCGUGGGCCAGACAGGGAGCGCGCUGCGAUUCGGCAUUCCCAGGUUAUGCCUGCAGGAUAGUCCGUUGGGGAUUAGGGAUACAGAAAACAACACUGCCUUUCCAGCGGGGGUGACUACGGGCGCAACCUGGGAUAAGGAGCUGAUAUACGCCCGAGGGGUGGCGAUAGGCGAAGAGGCGCGCGGAAAGGGGGUGAAUGUGCAGAUGGGCCCUGUUGUUGGACCUAUAGGUCGAAAGCCGAAGUCUGGUAGGAUCUGGGAGGGGUUUGGAGCAGAUCCGUCUCUGCAGGGUCUUGCCGCUGUGCAGACUAUUCAGGGUAUGCAGAGUGUCGGUGUGAUUGCGACGCUGAAGCAUUUCAUUUUGAAUGAGCAGGAAAUGUAUCGGAUGACGGACCCGGUGCAGGUGGGUUAUUCGUCGGACAUUGAUGACCGCACCAUGCAUGAGAUAUAUCUCUGGCCGUUUGCUGAAGGUGUGAGGGCUGGCGUUGGCUCGGUGAUGGCUGCAUAUAACCAUGUGAACGGAUCGCUCUGCACACAAAACAGCGAAAUCCUCAAUGGCAUCCUCAAAGACGAACUGGGCUUCCAGGGUUUCGUUAUGUCAGACUGGUAUGCCCAAGACAGUGGAGUCCCAUCGGCAUUAGCUGGUCUAGACAUGGCCAUGCCAGGAGACGGUGCAGUCCCUCUUAUUGGAGUGAGUUGGUGGAACUAUGAGCUAUCGACGGCGGUUUUGAAUGGCACCGUGCCUCUGGAAAGACUGAACGAUAUGGUCACACGUGUCGUAGCAGCAUGGUAUCAAAUGGGCCAGGAUGAUGACUAUCCCCUGCCAAACUUCUCGUCGAAUACCGAGGACGCCGUUGGACCACUCUAUCCAGGCGCCCUCUUUUCUCCUACAGGCGUUGUCAACCAAUUCGUCAACGUGCAGGGAAACCACAGCAUUGUCGCAAGAGCCGUGGCUCGCGAUGCUAUCACGUUGUUGAAAAACGUAAACGAAACUCUGCCUCUCAGCAGCAGUGCCAACUUGAGCGUUUUCGGGACAGACGCCGGUCCCAAUUCAAAGGGCCUGAAUUCCUGCACUGAUAUGGGCUGCGACAAUGGUAUUCUCACAAUGGGUUGGGGAAGCGGAACUUCGAGACUGCCAUAUGUCAUUACACCAGAAGAAGCUAUUCAAAACGUUUCUGCAAACACCCAGUUUUACAUCACCGAUACUUUCCCAUCUGUUACUCCAAAUGCCGAUGAGAUCGCGAUUGUCUUCAUCAACUCUGACUCUGGCGAGAACUAUAUUACUGUUGACGGUAAUCCCGGGGACCGACUUGAGGCUAAGCUCGCUGCAUGGCAUAGCGGUGAUGAGCUGGUGGUGAAUGCAGCCGCUGCAUUUAGCACUGUCAUAGUGGUUGUCCAUACAGUCGGACCAAUCAUCAUGGAAGACUGGAUUGAUCUGCCAUCUGUCAAGGGUGUCUUGGUUGCGCACCUCCCCGGACAGGAAGCCGGUAAUUCUCUCGUAGACGUUCUCUUUGGUGACUAUAGUCCUAGUGGCCAUCUACCAUACACUAUUCCGCAUAACGAAUCCGAGUACCCAGCAAGCGUCGACCUGAUCGAUCAGGUACUAGGCCAAAUACAAGAUCAAUAUCUUGAACGCUUGUAUAUUGACUAUCGCCACUUCUUGCAGGCCAAUAUCACUCCCAGGUUCCCAUUCGGAUACGGUCUAUCAUACACAACGUUCAACUUCUCAGAUGCAACAAUCAUAUCAGGUACUACCUUGACUCAGUAUCCCCCGGCUAGAGCAUCCAAGGGGCCCACGCCAACAUAUGCAACGACCAUCCCGCCGGCAUCUGAAGUCGCAUGGCCGACCGAUAUCAGCAGUAUUUGGCGUUACCUGUACCCUUAUCUCGAUGACCCAGAAGCAGCCACUUCGACAGCUCCCUAUCCCUAUCCAACGGGCUACUCGACAACACCGCAUGCGGCGCCACGCGCAGGUGGGUCGCAAGGAGGUAACCCGGCUUUGUGGGACACGGUUUUCACUAUCAGCGUCAAAGUCACCAACACUGGGACGAGACCUGGCCGGGCUGUGGCGCAGUUGUACGUCGAACUCCCCGCGGAUGCUCUGGGUGUGGAUCUUCCCCCGCGGCAAUUGCGGCAAUUCGAGAAGACUUCUAUACUAUCUCCAGGCGACUCGGAAACUCUCACUUUGCCUCUGACAAGAAAGGAUUUGAGUGUGUGGGACGUCGUGAUGCAGGAUUGGCUGGCGCCGGUAGAUGGAGAAGGUGUUAAGUUCUGGAUUGGACAAAGUGUGGCAACUGAGGAUUUGCAAAUAGUUUGCACCGUUGGGCAGGGAUGUGAAAGUACAUCUUGA